AUGCAAAAGAAACCAUCGAACGAUCAUCAAGAGAAUGUCAUUGAGGAUGAGAAUGACACUUCGGAAAGUACCAAAUGGGACACAAUUUCCAUUCCGAUCACAUCUUCAAGUGUUCAAAAUUUUCAGCAACACCAAAUAUACAAUCCAUUUCAACGAUUAUUAGAAAAUGAAGAUAUUCUCAUCACAGUGAUUGAAUUUUUAGAUCGAUUUUUUGUAUUAUGGAAUAUUUCCUUGUGUUCGAAAUAUUUCCAUCGACUCACUCAUAAACCUUAUGCCUAUACGAGAUUGUAUUGGAAUUUUUCACAAUCACAUUUACAACGUUUGGAUUUAAUGUCGAAAUAUUAUUCGCAGUUGAAAUAUUUAGAAAUUGAAGAUUCGAUUCAUUUGAAGGAAAAGAUCAUCUCGGAAUUGGAGGUGAAAAAGUUUAGAGAUUUUCUAAAAGAUCAUUCGAGUACGAUACAACAUGUCGAUAUAGUUUUUCAUAGAAAUCAAGAAUUGCUGUUUCAUGAAAUUGUGAAAGAAUGUUCGGAAUGGUUGAAAUCUCUUUCGUUGAAGAUUUCAUUGUGGCCAGAUUUUGCAUGCAAAGCUUGUCAAUCAUUGAAUCAGUUUUCACAGUUAGAAAAGUUGAAACUCAAGAUUGGAAAUAGUAUUGAUCCUGAACUGGUGUUGACAAGUUGCCGAUCUUUGUUUGAAAAAGGAAAGUUGAGUCUCUUUCACUCAACAACUGUAUUGAGAUCGAAAUCUCAUGUUUUGCAAUUCAUUGAUUACCUUAAAUUGUCUCAAAAAACGAUCAAAGAUGUUGAGUUUUCAAUGAAUGCUCUCGAAAAUGAGGAAUUCAAUGAAGUGAUACCAAAACUGAAUGUAGAAUUAUCAAAUUGCAGACGAAUAACAGUUACACUUCUUGAAGUGCAGGACUUGUCGAAUGUCAACCAUUUCACAGAAAUGUCGUCCACUUGUUCGGAAUUUAACAUGAACUUGAUUGGUGUCCAAUGCCAAUCUGCUAUACGAAUUAAUCUCGAGAAUGUGAAAAUAUUUAAUGUAGAAUCUGCUAAAUAUGAACCCAAAACAAAUACUUUUCCUCCAUCCAUGACACAUUUGACUUUUCAAUUGAAAUCUCUUGAUACAUUACCUAAAAUGGACAUUGAGUUUUUCCAAGUUUUUAAAUUAUUGAGAACAUGCACGUUUCAUCACGUGGAAAUACCAUCUCUUGAGAAUGAAACUAUCCAUGUUUUACCUCUGCUUGAAAAAUUACAAUGCCACAAUUGCAGAAUUCAAAAUAUUCACUCUCUAUUGAAAUUUCCAAAUUUGACAAUUCUCGAAUCUAAUUCGUGCUUCUUUCCAGAAACACCAUACUUUUACACUCCUAAAGAAGAACAUUUCUUAAAAUUGAAAGAACUCACCAUUACGAAUAUGAAAUCAGGAAAAUUGAAUUUACAAAUUCUGAAAAACAUGCAAUUAGAACAACUCAAUCUUUCACAAGCCCUUCUUGAUUCCAACUUUCGUGACCAUUUGCAUUUCAUUGAAAAUAUGCCCUCUCUCACCUAUUUGAAUCUCUCAAACGAGAACCAAGUUUUAUCUGAAAUUUUAAAACACAUGAAUUUUGAACGUCUCACCAACUUGAAUUAUCUCAUCAUGAAAUAUCAUAGGACUUCACAUAGGAGAGAUUUAUCAUUUAAACUAAAUUCAAGUAUUUAUCACCUCAUUCACCACACGAGCAUGAUCUUUCCAAUAAUUAGUUCAGAAACUUUCAUUAAUAUUGAACCUGAUAAGUAUCACCAUGGCGGAGAAAUGAUCGACAUUCCCAUACUCACCAAAGAAAAAGCUUUGCAAAUUGUAACCAAAUUUAUUCCUCGUUCCUAUCAAGAACAAGAAGGUGAAAUUCUCACAGUCUUGUAUUGUAGAGAAUAUCAUUACAUUACUUUUAGCUUGCAAGGGAAAUUUGGAUAUGUAUUGGUCAAGAAUGAACCCUCUAGGAAUUAUCCAAUCAUGAAGGGUCAACUCACGAAAGAGAAUGUGGAACAGAGAUAUCUACUCGAGUACAUGUUUCGAAUUCCCUCUUCUGUGGAGAAAUACAAAAUGAAAUGUGACAUUAUUUGA